AUGAAAAAUGUAUCGUUGGCCAUAUCGGACUUAUGUGUAGCAAUUCUGGUGAUGCCUUUGGCCCUACACUAUGAGCUGACGGGCACUUGGAAUCUAAGCCCUGGUAUAUGCGAUCUCUGGGUCUCAUUUGACGUGACGUGUUGUACCUCAUCUAUCCUUAAUCUAUGUAUGAUCUCAAUCGAUCGUUAUCUGGCGAUCACAAAGCCGCUGACAUAUGGUGUGCAACGGACUGCCAAAAGAAUCCUGUCAUUCAUCGGCGUCGUAUGGGUGGCCAGUGUUCUCAUAAGUAUACCGCCAUUGUUAGUAUUGGGUAAUGAGCAUGGUAAUGCACAACAGGCCACUUGUAUGGUGAGCCAGAAUAUUGGUUACCAACUGUACGCCACUUUGUCUGCCUUUUACAUUCCACUCACUGUAAUGAUUGUCGUGUAUUACAAGAUAUAUAUCGCGGCCAAAAGGGUAGUGGAAGCGGAACUGAGAGAUCAGUUGCCGUCGACUAAACCACAUACACCGCACUUACCAUUACUGAAAAAUCACCAAAACUCUAGUGACAAUCACACGAAAAAAGUGGAGUCAAACCACGUCUGGACGCGAAUUAAAGGUUGCGAUUGCUAUGAAAAUACUCAGAAAACGGAAACAAUAGCUAUAAAUGCGGACCAGAUCUCAGUGACGAAGACAUUACGACAAACAAAUGGUAUGUCGAGUACAGGAAGUGCUGCGACAACACCACUCGCAUCGCAACCAUCGCACACAUCAUCAUUAAAACCGGGUCUCGAGACUCAACAAAAGAGAUCCUCAGACUCUUCAACAAUCAAUACCAGCCAUGCAUUCAAAAGGCGAACGUCUAAUGCAUUACGAGAGCGAAAGGCAUCGUUUACUUUAGGAGUCAUAAUGACUGCAUUCACUGUUUGCUGGUUACCAUUUUUCUUACUCGCGCUUUUGGGUCCCUUCUCUGUCGUACAGAUUCCUCGUUUCGUUACGAGCACUACAUUAUGGUUGGGUUACGCCAACUCUAUGUUGAAUCCAAUAAUUUACGUGACAUUUCAUCAAGACUUUCGUCGAGCGUUUAAAUAUCUUCUGUGCCUCCAAUGCGCGACAAUGGGCUCCAGACUACGGGCCGAGGCUUACCAAAGCCAAUACGGCACCGAAAGGGGUCAGUUCGUGGCCAACGAGUUCGCCACCACUAAUGCCGAAAGUUUUUCGGACAAUAAAAAUAUGAUUCACUUUCGAGAAGAGCGUCGAAGUACUGGCGGUCUAUGCAGUGGUGUUGAGAUCACAUCCCGAGACCGGAUCGACAAACUAGAAAACGAGGCAACGCUUUGAUGUCUUCUCCCUUUUGCUAAAAUACUAUACAUUUUUCAAACGAAAAACUAGAUAAAUAUUAUCAAUACAUUUAUCUGAAUGUGUUUUUUGUUUUGUUUUUUUUGUAAAAAGGUUCACAAAAACUAUUAACGUUACGAAAAACUUUAAGACUCGUUUUUAUCAUUAAAUUCAAUAAACGGUUAAAUAAAUAAAUCAUUUCUAUUUACAGGGAUUUCCAAAUGUUAUCAAUUUUAUUCAUACAUUACAUUAUUUGUAACAUAUU